GUAUCUACGUUUCUAUCUUUUCGAUUUAUUCGCUAAUUGGUUUCUUAAAAAGAAGAGAUCGAAAUCGCAUCCAUCCAAAACGAAUUGUUCCAGAUGGAAUAGUUGUCAAACCACCGAAAAUUCCGCUUCCAUCUAAAAGACAAGUGAAGAAAUUAGCUCAACUAAUAAAACUCGCUGAAAAACCAAUUCUACUUAUUGGUAGUCAAGCUGUUUUACCUCCAGUUCCUGCCAAAGAGACAGCCGUUCAUGUUCAAACCGUUGGGAUACCGACUUACAUGUCAGGUAUGGCUCGUGGUUCUUCUUGGUCGAGACCACCAAUACUUGCAUUUCGUCAUUGCCGUCGUACUGCACUUCGUGAAGCUGAUCUAAUUAUUCUAGCCAGUGGUUACUUUUGGAAUUGUUCUUAUGAGAUUCAUGUACUUUUGAUAUCAAAAGGUGCCAUUUGUGAUUUUCGACUAGAUUAUGGUCGUGUGCUGAAUCGAAAAGCCAAAAUUGUUGUGAUUAAUCGGAAUAAGAAAAAUUUAUAUCUUAAUGCUGACUAUUUUUGGCGACCAUAUUUAACCAUUCAAGCUGAUAUUGGCACAACUCUAAAAGAUUUAUCAUGUGAAUUACAGAAUGUCACUAAUGAACUACACUGUUUCCACUGA